AUGAUGGCAGGUUCUUCUACGGCUGCUGAGGCGGCGAUGCACGGCCUCAACACGACGGCCAAGAGCUUUCCAACCACACACGACAAGAUUGCCGAGCCGUUGGUCACGCCAUACUUUGUGGACAACGAGUUCCGGCUGUCGGCGACGCGGGAGUUUGUCGAUGUGUACGACCCGGCCACGGACAAUGUGGUGACGCGGGUGCCGCUCAUGACCACGGGCGAGCUGACGGCCGCGGUUGCCUCGGCGCAGGAGGCGUUCCCGGCAUGGAAGCGGACGUCGGUGAUCGCUCGGCAGCGGAUUGCCUUCAAGUUUGUGGAGCUUAUAAAGGAGAACUGGGACCGACUGGCGGCGAUCAUCACGCUGGAGCAGGGUAAGACCGUGGCCGAUGCCCGGGGCGACGUCCUGCGCGGCCUGCAGGUGGCAGAGGCUGCGUGUGCCGGCCCAGAAUACAUGAAAGGCGAGGUGCUCGAAGUCUCGCGGGACAUGGAGACGCGCAGCUAUCGGGAGCCUUUGGGCGUGGUUGCUGCCAUCUGCCCGUUUAACUUCCCGGCUAUGAUUCCUUUGUGGUGUAUUCCGAUGGCUGUUAUUACCGGAAACACGGUAGUGCUGAAGCCAUCAGAGCGUACGCCAGGCGCAGCAACGGUGCUCGCCGACAUCGCCCGGCAGGCAGGCUUUCCCAACGGCGUUAUUAACGUCGUACAUGGUGCCCAUAACACGGUGAACUUCCUGCUCGACGCUCCAGAGAUCAAGGCGAUUAGCUUCGUCGGCAGCAACAAGGCGGGCGAGUACAUCUACACGCGGGGCUCGGCGAACGGCAAGCGGGUGCAGGCCAACCUGGGCGCGAAGAACCAUGCGAUUGUGUCGCCCGACUGCGACAAGGACCACUUCAUCGCGUCGACGAUUAGCGCGGCCUUUGGUGCAGCCGGGCAGCGCUGUAUGGCGCUAAGCGUGAUGGUUGCUGUAGGCGAAGCAAAGCAGUGGAUUCCCGAUCUGGUGCAGAAGACUAAGGAACUCCGUGCAGACGGAGGAUUCGAAGCCGGCGCGGACUUUGGGCCGGUCAUCUCCAAGCACAGCCAGGAGAGGAUCAUUAGCCUCAUCGGCAGCGCUGAGGAGGAGGGUGCUAAGAUUAUCCUAGACGGCCGUGGCUAUGCCCCUGAGAAGUACCCGACCGGCUACUGGGUCGGGCCGACGAUCAUUGAAGGCGUGACGACGAGCAUGAAGUGCUACACGGAGGAGAUUUUCGGCCCAGUCCUGGUGAUCCUGACGGUCGAUACGCUGGACGAGGCGAUUGAGCUCGUCAACGCGAACCCUUACGGCAAUGGUGCGGCCAUCUUCACCAAGUCGGGCGCGGUGGCGGAGCGAUUCAGAAAGAACAUUGAGGCUGGACAGGUGGGCAUCAACGUACCGAUCCCAGUGCCUCUGCCGAUGUUUUCGUUCACGGGCAACAAGAGGAGCGUGGCUGGCGGCGGUGCCAACACGUUUUACGGCAAGCCUGGCGUCAGCUUUUACACGCAGCAAAAGACGGUGACAGCAAGAUGGCCGAAUGUGGAGGCUGUGGCGACUAAGCCGGACAUGACGAUGCCGAAUGCAUUGGUACAGCGGGCUAUCUUGAGGCGCUUGGUGUGGCGAGUAUCGAUGGGUCAGCAGCGACGAGGACAGCACCAGCAGACAAGCGAUGAUGGCGGGCAUUUAUCGUUUGCGCAGCAGCGGCAGUUGGAGGCAGAGGCCGUGCGAAAACGGCGACAGGCGAGCGUGCCACUAUACGACAUUCCACCGGUGGUGCUCGACCUGGACGCGGAAGGAAGUCGACACGUGCGGCCAUACGACGAGGCGAUGGAGACGGCCGAGACGGCCAGAUGGCGGGGAGCCCACGCAUCGAUUGACAAGCUGACCGAACGGCUGGCAGCGUUUGCCGAGGAGUCCGAGGCUGCCGAUGCCAGGCUCACGGCCGUAGCAUUGGGGUUGACGCCUUGGAGGACAAACGGCUCCAACGGUUCGGUCAUGCGUCGGCUUCUGUACGAAAACGGCGUGUCAGAUCGAAUUGCGGCCGACCCGGCCAAGACGGUUCGCUUCCUGCUGCAGCGACAGGCCAUGGCUGCGCGCGAGGGUCGAGACGAGAGCCGGAGCCUGCCUCUCGACAGCGUCAAGGGCUUCUCUGCUGCGCUGGCACGCUGCAGCAGCUUCAUCGAGGUGCGACGUCUGCUGACGCUGGCCAGCCAUUUGUCCAGCCGCGGCUGCCAAGUGGUGGCCCACGAGGGAGGGACCAUCGCGGCGCGUCUGGUCUCGCUGACAGCUUCUUCCUCGCCGGACGCCUCCACCACGACCCUGGUCAUGCUGCUGAACCUCAGCCACCGCUUCCAAGCCGAAGACGUCGGCCUGGGCGCUCCCCUGUGCAGUCUCGGCCUGCAAGCGGCCGCGGCCGCGCUGGAGCCGGCCGCCAUGCAGCGCUUCCUCGACAUCGGACUCGCCCGGGACUACUACAGAAGCAGGGCCUCCGCGGCUGUCGUGCAGGCGGCACUCUCGACCGUCUGCGCGGAACUGCAUCGUCGACGGGCCCGUCAGAGACAGGCGGGUGACGGCUCGCUGGCAGACCUUUUUCUCGUUCUGGUCUCCUUCCGGACAGCCGUUCUCGCUGCAGCCUCUGCGACGACAGACGCGAUCAGCCUGUCAUCUGCGUCACAGCCCUCGUGCGAGGCCUAUCUAGCCGUGCUGGCCGAGCUCGGGGCCGUGCGGACGUUGUGGCAGGAGCUGCGGCUCUGCAGCAGCGGAAUCGACAUUUCCAGUGCGGACAUGCUGACUACGGCUGUUCUCCGCUACGCGGAAUACACGGCAGGUGAGCCAGACAGCAGGCUGGUCGAUGGAAGCGCCGACGUGGAGGACGGUCGUCGGUUGCGUCUGCUGGACCGCCAGAUGCUGCGCGCGUAUGACGAGACGACAGAGGCAAGGGCAAGGGAAGCGAAAGGGGGAGGGGAAACGGCCGUGCAACGAGGAGCACGCAGCAAGCAGUUUCAGACCGAUGUGAUCGAGGCUUUCAGCCGGACAACAGCACAGGAAGCCACGGACAGUAUACAGGCAAUCGUCUGGAAGGUUUCGCCUGUCUAG